CAUGAAGUUAAGAGUCCAGUGCUGACUAUCUGGGAGAAAAACUCCAUGAUGAUCCUGUCAUCCAGGAUGCUUCGAACAUGUAUGUCCAUCCACAAAGCGGUACCCAGGCCCAGUAUUCUUGUGCAUAAUUCCUGGGCUUGCUAUUUUCAUAAAAAUGACCACUGCACGAAGACAUUACCGAGCACUAAAUGGGCUCCCAGUAACCAGACACUAAACCUUUCUAGAAGAACCUGGGGUCCUAUUAUGUCUCACGCUGCACUUUUGAAGACCUCACCUCAUGUUUGGACAAAGACCGUUUUUUCUGCAGCUGGAAUGGUUGAGGCGAUGCCAAAAAAUGUCCAACCUUACCUAAGACUUAUGAGGCUGGAUAAACCUAUAGGAACCUGGUUGUUGUACUUGCCCUGCACCUGGAGUAUUGCUCUGGCAGCGGAGGCAGGCGGCCUCCCUAACUUAUAUAUGCUGGCCCUGUUCGGCACUGGUGCAGUACUCAUGCGUGGUGCUGGGUGUACUAUUAAUGAUAUGUGGGACAAAGACUUUGAUAGAAAGGUGGCAAGAACGGCAAGCCGCCCUAUUGCAGCAGGAGAUAUCUCCCAUUUCCAGUCAUUGGUUUUCCUUGGAGGACAGCUUAGUUUGGCUUUGGGUGUUCUCUUGUGUCUGAAUAAUUAUAGUAUUGCGCUAGGAGCUGCUUCCUUGUCACUGGUACUUACCUAUCCAUUAAUGAAGAGGAUAACAUACUGGCCACAGCUUGUACUAGGGCUGACUUUUAAUUGGGGAGCCUUAUUAGGCUGGUCUGCUAUAAAGGGAUCCUGUGAUUGGUCUGUAUGCCUUCCUCUGUAUGCCUCAGGAGUCAUGUGGACACUAAUAUAUGAUACCAUCUAUGCUCAUCAGGAUAAAAAAGAUGAUGUUUUGGUUGGAGUGAAGUCGACAGCAUUGCGCUUCAAUGAACAGACAAAACCCUGGCUGAGUGGCUUCAGUGUAGCCAUGCUCACCGGACUAACCCUCACUGGACUAAGCUGUGACCAGACUUUGCCAUAUUAUGCUGCUGUUGCACUUAUCGGGGGUCACCUUGCACACCAGAUUUAUACCCUGGAUAUAAACAGUGCAGACGAUUGCUGGAAGAAGUUUAGUGCAAAUCGCAGUGUGGGUUUUUUACUUUUUUUAGGCAUUGUGUUUGGCAACUUGUGGAAAAGACAAGACACAAACGAAGUCCAGAGGUAACUUGGAAUUUCGGCCACAAGCUUAGUGAGUUUGUGUUGGAUGACGCUUUGCUCAGAAACACUAAAAUGCGUUAAGUUUCUGGAUCAGUCUGCUGGAGAUCAUACUAUACAAUCAGUCACUAUGCUACUACUAUCCAUCUGCAAAGAUCAAUUACAUAUAUUGGGACACUAUUACCACCAUUUCUGCAUACCAAUCAGAAUGUAAAGGCUUUUGCUUUGGAUACCAACAGUAGUAGAGCUACAUACAUAUGUAGGAGGGAAGCAGCCUGUACUGCCUGUCUAAUACAGCAGUCUGGUGUGCCUAAGGACAGUGGGCCUAAUUCAGACCUGGUCGCAAGCAGGCAGUGUUUUGCAGUGCUGCGACUAGGUAGUCGCCACCUACAGGGGGAGGGGGUAAUCGCUGUGCAGGGGUGCAAAUGCAUGUGCAGAGGGCUGCACAAACAAAAGUUUGUGCAGUCUCUGCACGGCUCAGGAUUUACUCAGCCGCUGCGACGAUCCGGCCUGGAGCUGACGUCAGGAACCCUCCCUUAAAACGGCUGGACACGCCUGCGUUUCUUCGGACACUCUCUGGAAGCGGUCAGUAGACACCCACAAACGGCCUCUUCCCUGUCAAUCUUCUUGUGAUCGCCGGUGCGAUCUCUUUCUUCGGUAAGUCCAUCGCGGAGCAUACACAUGUGCAGUUCUGACCUGAUCGCUGCGCUGCAAAAAAAGUAGCGUGCGAUCAGGUCUGAAUGACUCCCAGAGUCAUUACAGCUACUAUUGUAUGGUGAGUCUUAAGGGGGGUACACUCGGGAGAUUUCUCCCGGUGAUGUGUGCUGAGCGAUCUAGCACAAUCCGAGUGGGGGACAUCGCUCAUUUCACCAAACCGUGAAGAUUGCUUAGAAAUUAAGUGAACAUCGCACCAUGUAUACCCCCCUUUAUGCAAAUGUACCCAACUAUCUAGUGAUCCCAUUGCAAUGUAUUAUAUCAAAUUAGACAUAUAUUACAUUACCAGUACUGGGCGUUUGGUGACUUGAUGCAUACAGAUGUGGAUUUAGACCUCAUGGGGCUCUAAACAAGAUACUGAUUUAGAGCCCUCCUCCCUCAAACAAUCCUUAGCACUAUAUUUUCAUUACUGAUGUAUGCCCCUUACAUUAUUUUUUUUCCUCCUUAUAUUUUAUUACUUUCCCUCUUAACUGAUUGCGCCAUGUCCUCUCACCUCUAAUUUCCAUUAUUACACCACUCAGUUACUGCAUUUUAGAUCAGGGAUCCCCUCACUGAAUGAAACAGGUUCCCAUACCCCAUUAUUACACCCUCACUGACUGCAUUAUAUAUGAGUGACCCAGUCUUACUGAUUGUAGCAAGCCCCUUUAUCUAAAAUACACAUUAUUAUCCCCCCUCACUGACUGACUGCAUUUUAUAAUACCCAUUAUUACACCCUACAGUCAGGUAAUGUGUUGACUAUAUAUCAGUGCCUUUAGUGUGUCGCCAUUAUAUCAAUGCCUUCCCCUCCCCCAUCCUCACUAAUUGAAGCAGGCACUACAGUCAGUGAGGGUGGUAGGCAUUGAUAUAUAAUCAAUAAAGUAACUGACUGAGGGGUUUAAUAACGGGUAUUAUAAAAAUGUGGUCAGUCAGGGGGCACUGAUAUGUAAUGCAGGCACCCAUACCUUAUAAUUCCACCUCACUUGAAUUUGAAGUAGAUGUUAUACAAAAUAAAAAAAAUACAAUACUAAAAGUACAUUGGAAAAUCUCAUGUUUUUUCUCUGUGCACACCCCGGCCUCUCUCUCUCCGCGUCUGAUGUCACACACACACGUGUCAUGACUGGUCACACGCACAACACUGCAGGACUGGAUACACAGGCGUGCGCUGGAGCCGGCACGCAAAAGCUGUAUAAUCCACUGACAGCCUGCAGGGAGUAUUCAGCCAGCCCAGCUCUCGGACAAUUUCGGCAGCCUUGUCAUUGGGCCCCCUGUGAGCAGCUAUUAAAAUAAGUUUCUCUGAGUCCAUAGGGGACGCUGGAGUCAGUACUAUGGGGUAUAGAUGGGGUGAUCAGGUGAGCCGGCACUUUAAAAUUGUCAAUGUGUGUAACUGGCUCCUCCCACUCUAUACCCCUCCCCAGGCCAGUUUUAUAAAUGUGCCCGGGAGAGCCAGUCACUUCCUCUGGCGCUCCAGAGAUUUCUUUGAAUUGUAUUUUACUUUUGAAUAUUUCUUCAAGAAACUACAACAGUCUGGCAGUUGGCUCUUGCCAGACUGCUACGUGAGAGCUGCUGGGGAGACUCUGUACCACCCUGCAGGGUUUGGAGCCCGAGUCUCCGGCUGUAGGGACAUCAGUCCCUGGGGACCUCGCAUCCAGCAGUUCACUGCUGAUAUGGAGCGCCAGCAGCAUGGCUGAAGAAGCAUUACGUGAGUAUUGUCCAGGGCUCCGUUAGUGGGGGUUCCCGGUUCAAAACUGGCAGCUAUAGCUAACGGUUAACAACUGUAGGCUGGAGGAGUAAUCUCCAGCACCUCCCGUAUAAGUACUUGUGCAGUUACCGUUUGCUCUAACAUCGUAGUGCAUAGUGAGCUGUGGCUUCCUGCAUCACUCUGUGUAUUAUCCGGCAGCAGGCGGGCUAAGUGCAAACGCUAAUGUGGAAAGGGCGGCUGGUAGGAUCCCGCGGCGAGAGUCGCAACUAUUUAGUUACUGUUAGUCGCCGUCGGUUGGCGGUAGCGUCCCCAUCCUGGCGGCAGCGGCUCCCAGCAUGGCCACAACACUCGGAGUGCAGGGACUCGGACAGUCUGAUCGGUGCCUGCACGGGAUCCCACGCGGGCAGUGAGUACUGGGGACAACCGCUACAUAUAGUGGUGCCCGCGGCGGGGGAGUCUUGCAUCAGCCCUGCCUGCCAGCCAGUAUUGCCUGUGUGUCAUUUACCACCAGGGGCUACUCUCUCUGGACACGUCAGUUAAACAGUGCUUUGUACAAAUUGCAUCUAAGCAAUUUAAAUUUAGGAGCCAUGCAGGUGGGGACGGAGCUAUGCUCCGUAGACUCAAGUCUUCUGGUAGCUCCGAGGUGAGGGCUCCUGCCUUCCAAUUCACCACUGAGAGUUUAAUUCCCCGAUUUCACCCACUCUCCGCAAGAAACACUGCAGUCUGCUCAUGAUUACAUUGUAUUAACACGCUUGCUAGGUAGAUCAAGUGCCCAGCUCCUCACACUGAAACUGUGGUUCCACCGGUCUAGGGAGAUUCCUAGCCUCUCCAUAGACAGACAACAUCUUGGAUUUCGGUUCCCUAGCUGGUUUGGGAAAGGAUCUUUACACCUUUUAAUGGAGGUUUUUUAAUUGGCAAGCUCUGUAUCCUAAAGGUUGAGUUCCCUGCCCACAAUGAGGUCCCCUGCACACAGACAGCCAGAUGACCCAGUGGUUAGAGCUCUGGCACAGCAUGUUCAGGAUCCCUAGUUCAGACCUCACUCGGACCACUUGUUAAUAGCGCUGGCAGCUACGUUACAUAAACUGGCACCCAAGCUUAUAUUCUAGAGAUAGUGUGUGUGUGU